CCGACCGUGUCCGCCAGUGACGCUCAUAUAGAUUUAGACGAGGGCGGAUGUGUACCUAGAGUGGGCGAGAACCUCUGGGGCUUCGUGCUUCAACCCGGUCCCUACGGGGUACAGUUUUCUUUGUGUCAUGGAUGAUUCGACCAUCGAAUAUAGACCGAAGAUGUCGAGUUCAACGUACGAUAGUUCGAUUGGGCCAGUGCCCGUUGCUACCGGCUACGAUCAGAAGCAGUCCGGAUUUUGGGUCAAUGUCUCCGAGAAGCAGCUCAUGGCAAUGUCGUCGACCACUUCGCUCACCAACUCAUCAUAUGCACGCAAGCCUAUCCGACAACGAGGACAGCCUCGUACAGUAGCGCCGCCUUUUUGGUGGUCACCAAAGGCAUGGUUCAAGCACGAGUACCUAAGUUGGCGCUUCUACGUAUGGAUCUAUGCCGCUCUGGCUGCCCUGGUUGUUGUAAUACACGUUGUUGCACUCGGUUCCGUCGCAGCUACCCACCCGUUUGACAAUUCUGGAAGAGCAACAGUGACUGAAGGGAGCUGCGACAGAAUCAUCAAGACAAGCAGAUAUGCGCAUUGGUUCACUAGUGUCUUCGGCACCGGCUAUCUGAGCGCAAGUGCAUAUGUCAUGUAUUGUUUGACUGGACCCACCAGACAGGAGAUUGACAGGGCGCAUGCGCGAAACAAGUGGUUGGACAUUGGCGUGUUGAGUUUACGAAAUGUGUUCGCAGUAUCGAGGAAACGUGCCAUACUCUUCUUACUACUCGGUCUGACUUCACCUCUCGUGCAAUUCUUCUAUAACGCUAUGAUCUUCAUAACCUAUUCAGUGAACUCGUACGAUGUUUUCGUUGCAACCGAGAGCUUUCUCACCACGACCAAUGUUACGAUCGACCUUUCGCCCAAUGCGACGACUGCUCAACUUCUCGAUGAGCAGUACUCCGGGUUGAUAAACUAUAUGCACGAACAAAUGCUCAAUGGACAAUUACAGCAACUGUCGCCGGCAGACUGUGUGGACGAAUUUGCCGUGCCGUUGCAGUCCUCGCAUGGCAACGUCAUCCUAAUUACGAACAAAACGAGCAGCGGUAACGCUCUUCUUGACUACAUCAAUCAGGACACGGCAAUGUUCGACGUCAUCGACAUGUACCAUGCGUCGGUGCCGACCGAAGAUGCGGACAGCUCUGGGGAGCAGUACAUGUGGAUCUGCGAUCAACGCACAGCGCAGAGCAACGAAUCGUGCAUGUACGAGAUCAACAACAUCAAAGGAAACAUUAGAAAUUGGACCGUUUCGGACGGAAAUAGGACCGUGGAUUAUUGCCUUGUCCAGAAAACGCCCGAGCAUUGCAAGCUUCAAGUCAGCCUGAGCAUGUCGUUGAUUUGCGUGUUGACGAUUUCUUUCAAGGUCGUGGUCAUGUUUGCGGUUGCGAUUUUUGUCAAUGAGACGCCACUCAUGACGACGGGGGACGCGAUCGAAACGUUCAUGAAGGAUCCGGAUCCCUACACUCAAGGAAUGUGCAUGGCGUCGAAGAAAAUGAUUGAGAUGCAUCCGUAUCAUUGGCCGAAGUACCCAGUAUUCGUGCGAUUGAAGAAGUGGAGGUGGGCGCAUGGUAUCCACACUCGCGUCGCCUUCUUCUGUUUAAGCAUGGUGAUAGCCUUGUGUCUCAAUGCCGCUCUCUUCUGCACGGUCAGAAACUCGAUCACAAUACCGAACUUCUUUUCCCUCGGCAUUGGGCAGAUCAACCGCAACUUCUUCAUCGGCUGGGCCCACCGCGAUCCCAAGUACUUUGUUCAGGCCGUGUUCCUCGCCAAUGUUGGGCACGGCGUCUUCGGAGUUUUGUACAUCAUCUACAACAACGUUUUCUACGCUAUGACAUUCAGCUGGGAAUGGGCACGGUACGCCACCCACAGAAAGGGACUACGAGUCUCGGAAGCGCCCCGGGGCGAACAGCGAACAGUGUACUUUUUCCUGAUGCCACUCAAGCUUGCCAUACCCAUCAUGCUCUUCUCGUCGGGUAUCCACACUCUGAUCUCGAAUACGCUCUUUAUCGUCGACGUUGAGACGUACGGCUGGGACUCUACCACCACACAGUUCGUGCGCACAACUGCAUUUGACUUCACCACGACGUGUUUCUCGCCGCUCGGCAAUGCACUGCUUAUCAUCGCAGGCGCCCUCAUGAUCUCCUAUCUUCUGUGCUGCUCGGCCACGGAACUCAAAUCUGCCAUGCCCGUUACGAGCACGUGCUCGGCCGCCAUCUCAGCGGCGUGCCAUCCAGACGAAAACGAGCCUGACGAUUUUUAUUUGAGGAAGGUGACCUGGGGGGUAACGAGCGUGCACAAUGGCAUCGGACACUGCACGUUCUCGUGCUUGGAUGUGGAGAAACCGAAUGAGAACACGCCGUAUGCGUAACAUGUCAAACUCUUGCUGGUUUUUAGCUGGUUUUUGUGACCUAGCAGCAUUUUGAGUGCCUGGAAGAUAUUCUUCUCAACGUUCUGGCGCGAAGCUGUACAUAGAUGAAAAACAUGCU